UGGCUUUCGCCUUGCCAUCAUAGGCGUCCGCCUUUAGCGUUAGGUGUCUAGGGCGACGCCAAGGAGGCUGUGGCGGUCGCCUCGCACGCAGGGAAACCGACACGGAAAGAAAUUUCUCCCGCCCGGCACGGCAUUCACCUUCCGCGCGGGAAAGAAUGUGUGCGCGGUUUGGAAAUUGCUUGCUAGAAGGAAAUCACGCACGGGCGCGAAGGGGGAUCGGGAGAGAAACAGAUAAGAAGGCUAGGGGAGGAGAGACCGAGAGAGGAAGUCCACCGCACCUGCAGGCUGGAGCUUCUUCUUUGCGCGCUCACGCAUCCCGCAAAGUACCCAGCUCGUCGAUUGCAGCGCUCGUUCGUCAAUUCCUUCGGGUGAGCCCUUGAUCGCCGACGCCCCUCUGCCCUCCAAACCCGUCAUGUCCCGUCGAUCGAGCUCGUAGACGCGCAAGCGCCCGCGGCUGUCAGAUAGGAUAGGCGAGUACCCACUCGGGAAACAUAUGGGGCUCCCCCUCAUCAUGUGCGACGAGUGUGGGCUACAGAGGGUGCUGGAGCUCGUGGCCCACACAGAUGAGAAUGGCAACAAGGGACGUGUCUUCUUCAAGUGCCCCAGAAACAUGCAAGGGGUUUCAGGAAAAUGUGGUUUCUUUGAGUGGCAGCGAGAUUACCUAGCCCUGUUGGUGGACACGGGAAAGAUUGUGAUGAAUCUAGGACAAGUUGAAACAGUAGAUGUGGAAGCUGAUUCAAGGGCGGCAGUAGUGGUUCGUGAGCACAAGAACCCAAUGGAGGUGAAGCUGGAUGCUUUGGUUGGUGCAGUGAAGACUUUGAGCUUGGUCAUGGGUACUGGUGUAGUGGUUGGAGCUAUGUAUGCGCUGAAGUAGUGCUUUCUGGGAUCCCUUCUAUUUGUGUUAGUGGAACUAGUUGUUUGUUAUUAGUUGAACUAGAUGUAUCUUAGUUGAACUUAGUUUAACCUGUGUUUCAGUGUUUGUUGGACCAAGCUAGGCAUGUAUGUCUAAAAUGUUGAAUCGUUAAUGGAAUGUUGUUCUUGUUAUUUGCACUACUUGUACAUGACAUCCUAAAAUCCUCACACUGCAAAUGAGAUGAAAGGUACAUGCC